AUGCGCCGCCUCUUCCGGAGCCAUGCCGUGCGGGCAACGGCGCUCCUCGUGGUCGUUACUGCGAGCUACAUGCUCCUCGUCUCGCGCGCGGAUUGGCUGGGCCUCUUCCCGUCCCGAUCGUCAUCCUCCUUCACGCCUUCCACUCAACCCUCACUCCCCGCCCCUCCACGAUACCGCCCUCCGCACGAGGUCGAGCGGACACUCGCGGCCCUACGCAAGUCGUUCGUCGCCGAGUACGCGCGGCACUCGUCUUCGCCGGCCCCCGAGCCGGUGUACGCGGCCCCGUGGCUCAGCAGUGAGCAAGUGUAUAGGUAUGCCGCCAUCGCCAACCCGCCCAAUGGGGUUAUCGUCCCGCGGAUAAUGAUAACAACGAUCACACGCCAGAUCACGCCCCAACUCCCAGACCUGUUAAACACCAUCGCUGUACUUGUCCAUUUCCUUGGGCCUGAGCGGCUGACGUUCUCCAUCCUCGAAGGGCCCAGUGACGACGCAACCCCAUAUAUACUGAGCCGCGUCCUCCGGCCACUCCUACAGCAACUUGGGGUGCCGAACAAGGCUGUCCGGAUUGAGACCAAUGCGCCAAAGAUCAAGUGGGACGAGGUGAACCGCAUCGAGGCGCUGGCCCAACUGCGCAACAAGGCGCUCAAACCCAUGCUUGACAGCUGGUCCGAGGAUAUCGGGCCCAUCGUCUUCCUCAACGAUGUGUUCUUGCACGCAUCUGACAUCCUCGAGCUCCUGUAUCAGCACAACCUCUCCAAGGCGUCCAUCACCACAGCUUGGGACUGGAUGAAGCGCGACCCGGCGCACUUUUACGACGUAUGGGUUGCACGGACUAUUGACACGGGUGACCUGUUCUACCCCAUCCCGGGGAACGAAUGGAAUCCGUCUGACGACAUCCUCAGCACCUCGCCGGCCUCCAAGGAGGCAUUCAACGCCUUGAGGCCCUUCCAGGCUUACUCAUCGUGGAACGCUCUUGCUGUCCUGGACUCGGCUCCGUUCUUCCUGCCGCACAAGGUGCGCUUCCGCCGUGGUGGGAUGGGCGAGUGCGCGGCCAGUGAAUGCCUCCUCAUCUGCUCGGACUUUUGGAAGGCCGGCUACGGGCGUAUCCAGGUCGUGCCCUCGGUGCAGCUUGCGUAUGAGCGUGAUAUUGCGCUCCAGACAGCCAAGAGGUUGCGGCAGGACACAAUGCGGCUGGGUUGGAGGGGAGGCGUGCCGCUCACAGAUACGCCAAUCCAGUGGGAGGAGGAGACUGUCCUAAAUCACCAACAAUCCAAACAGCACAAACUAGCGAAAAUGGCCCUUCUCACUCAGGAUGUUAUCAUCACCCUCCAGGAGGUUUCGGCUGCCAUGACCCGCUGCGCCGCCGCCAUUGAUUCAUCUCUGCGGAACCCCGCUGCCGCAGCCUUUGCGCUCCAGCACCCCGCCGCCCUCUCGACGCUCGAGAGCGGCGCCAUUAUUGCCCAAGGCCUCGCCGCGGCCGUCGCAGCCUCCUCUGAAGGCGCGACUAAGAAGCGCUCCCGCAAGGAGAAGAAGCCCAAGGACCCCAAGGCGCCCAAGCGUCCUCCCUCGGCGUACCUCCUCUACCAGAACAACGUGCGCGAGGGUAUCCGCACCGCCAACCCUAACAUGCCGUACAAGGACGUCCUGGGCGUGAUUGCCGAGCAGUGGAAGGCGCUCAGCCCCGAUGAGCGCAAGGUGUACGAGCACGCGUACAGCUUGGCGACCGAGGACUUCCGCAAGCGCGACUUGGCGUACAAGCAUGACGGGACGAUCCUUCCCCCCACCAUCGGCAUCUCCAACUACUCGGAGCACAAAGACGAGACCGACAGCUCAGACGACAGCUCGAGCGAGGAAGAGCCUCCCGCGCCCGUCCUCCCCAUACCCUCCAAAAAGGAGAAGAAGCGCAAGAGCGAAAUUGAGGUUAAGCCCAAGAAGGGAAAGAAGAACAAGAAGGAUUAA